UCCCGAACCCAUCACAGAAGCUUUGCAAAUUUCAAUAAGCCAUGGCAAAUCCAGCCGACGAGUUCAGAAUUGUGUCACCCGCAAUAGACCACGAAGGGAAGUUGCCUAGACAGUACACCCAAGAGGGUCAGGGUGCUAAAAAAAACAUAUCGCCACCCCUGGAAUGGUACAACGUGCCAGAGGGGACCAAGACCCUGGCUCUUGUGGUUCAGGACAUCGAUGCGCCCGACCGCGAUGGUCCGAUCGUCCCAUGGACUCACUGGGUUGUGGUUAACAUACCACCUGCCAUAAAGGGCUUGCCUGAGGGAUUUUCCGGGAAAGGGGAGGAGGUGGGUGGUGAGUACGCCGGGAUCAAAGAAGGCAACAAUGAUUGGAAAAUCCCCGGGUGGCGUGGACCAAAGUUGCCCAGUCAUGGCCACCGGUUCGAAUUUAAGCUGUACGCGUUGGAUGAUGAGGUGCGCCUUGGAAAUAAGGUGACGAGGGAUAAGCUGUUGGAGGCAAUCGAAGGACACGUGCUUGGGGAAGCACUUUUGAUGGCAAUAUUUUGAUCAAUCAGCAAAAUAUUGAUCAAAAUUAGUGUAUGAGUGCUUUUUAUUAUGUAAGAAUUAAGAUUGAGUA